UGUUCCGUGCGCUCCACCACGAGAGCAGUUCUAUUUACCGUUCCUAUUCAUACACAAGCUUUUGUCUUCUCAUUGAGGCACAAAAUAAAAAUAAAGAAAUUAAAAAAAAAAAAAUCAUCAUGAAAAAUUCUUAAUGACGAUUUAAAAACAAAAAAAAAAUUAAAUUUUAAUUCUAAUAAAAAUGAACAAAAAAAGGUGAUUACAGUGAAUAAUUAAUGGCACGUGGACACUUUUUCCAAGUGUUUGUGAUUUAAGGUGGCUUAAAAAAAUGUGCUAAGUGAGUGAAAGUGAAAUUUACUCAUCAUAAACGGAUAGAGAUGAGUAGAGAAGGUGGAAAAAAAUUUCUCCUCCAAGAGUGGAGCACGUGGUUUUAUUAUGGGAAUUAGCAACGUAUGACUUAAAAAUUCUCCUUAAAAAAAAUUUUUUUAAUUUAACAAAAAAAAAUAGUCCCUAAACGAGAUGGCAGUGGGAAAAAAACUUUUAUUCAUGUGCGAUUUAAACCCAACAAGGGUUCAAUCGAUUCGGCGAGGAUAGAAGAAUUAAACGUAAAAGAAAAUAAUCUUGGAGGCUCAAGAUUCUGGGAAAUGAAUCAAAAACGAUGGCUUAUCGAAACGAGAAGAAUGAAUUUACGACAACAUGAAAGAGGAAAUGGAUGUAUGCAUUUCAAGAUGAUGUAUACCAUCUUUCUUGUCAUCUUCCUUUACAGUUCAUCGGCACAAUGUUCUAGACUAUUUAGAACGGACUUUCUUCAGGAAGUGCCUACUCCAGAGACAGGUCCUUAUUUCGACACGACUGCCCCUGCGAACGUGACGGGUCUUGUAGGGAAACCAGUUCACCUAGUGUGCAGAGUAAAGAACCUCGGUAAUCGAACUGUAUCAUGGGUUAGGCAUCGCGAUAUUCAUUUAUUGACAGUUGGUCGUUACACGUACACAAGCGAUCAACGUUUUGAAGCGUUGCAUGCUCCACACACUGAAGAGUGGACCCUCAGGAUUCGAUAUCCUCAGCGUACGGAUUCUGGAAUCUAUGAAUGCCAAAUUUCCACAACUCCACCAAUAGGUCAUCCUGUUAAUCUUAAUAUUGUUGAACCAAUCACCGAUGUCGUUGGUGGACCGGACCUUUUUAUCAACAAGGGCAGCACAAUCAACCUCACGUGCCUCGUCAAGUACGCCCCGGAGCCACCCUCCGCUAUGGUUUGGAGCCACAACCAAGAGGCGAUUAACUUCGACUCUCCAAGAGGUGGCAUUAGCCUGGUUACCGAAAAGGGACCCGUGACUUCCAGCCGUUUACUCAUUCAGAAAGCCAUUCAAAAGGAUUCUGGUCUCUACACCUGUGCACCGAGUAAUGCCCACCCAAAUAGCGUUCGAGUUCACAUUCUUAACGAAGAACACCCAGCGGCAAUGCAUCACGGAAGUGGUGACAGAAUGGCAGCGACGUUACUUCCGGUUGUCCUACUUCUCAGGAUGAUAUUCUAGUAGCCAAAGGAAACGUUAGUCAAAACAAAGAUGAGAAACUAAGUGCAACCGUAAGAUCAACAAACAAUAUUGGCUUACCUAAAAGUGGAAUGUUGCGUCAACGUCAACACAAGGAGAAAAUGAUGCCUAUAACAAUAUAUGACUAUUUAAAUUAAAUAAAAUGUAAUAUAAAUCAUUUUUACUGGAAACUAUCCACAUUAUUUUCUCUUUGCGUUUGAUGUUGUGAAAAAUUUUGCAAUUAAUGAAAAUUGCAUAUUGUACCUGUGUAUUUGAUGAUUCCACUAUUCUAAGCCAAUUAUUAAAUUGUUUGGAACAAUUUUUAUACCCACGGAAGAAUCGAGUUUCAAAAUCAAUAUGAGAUAUGGUCAAAAAAAAAUAAUGUACAUUGAUAUUUUAUUAAUUCCAAAACAAAAAGAUGGAACUAACAGACUUUCAUUUGAAAUUCAUCAAAAAUAAGAAAACAAUUUUGGCCAAACCACGUCAACUAUACACAGCUUUCAAAAAAAAAGUAUCUUUAAAGAUCAAGAGUUGAUACUUGGCUAUAUUAUAUUUAUAGUAUACAGUAGGGGGAUUAUGCACAGCGAUAUAGUUAAAAAACUUUUAUACUCUAAAUAGCAAAAUGCGCUACUUAGUGACUUGCGCUAUUUUAUAAUCCUCUUACAGGUGAAAAUACAUUCAACCACCAAACAAUUUAAUCUAAUAUUGACGGGUUUGUUAUGAUGCAAAGAGGCUCGAAAUUUUCUCCAUAGCUCUAAAAUUUGCAUUAUAAAUUAACUUCUGUGAAACUAAACUGAUUAAACUUUUAUUAUUGGGAUUUUAGAAACGAUUUUUCCUCUUUUUUUGAGAAUAAAUAAAAAUUUAAUUUUCUGUAAUAAAAAAGGAUAUUUUUUUUUAAAAGACGGAUUUAAAACAUGUUUAUUGAAAUUUUGAAAAAUAAAAAUUGGUUACAUGAAGAUAUUUUGUGUCUGUGAUUAAAAAGCCGAAGUUUUUUUUUAAAAAUUGCCAAUCCAAUAUGGAGAAUUUCAAAUAAUUAUUGGAUUUAGCUAUAAAUAUUCGUAAUUAUUUACAAAAAAUUUUUGGUGGUUCAAUGAAAUUCUACUAAUUUAGUCCAAGGAUGCAGUGGGAAAAAAAAAUUAUUUUUUUUCCUAUACAACUUUAUAAUUCAAUAAACAAUGAAUUUUUCCUUCAAAUUGUUUUUGUAAAUUUUUAAUUUAACUAUUUUACAAAAAAACCUUGAUUUCAAUUUAAAAAUUAAUUCGUUUAAAAAAAAUGUAUAUUUCAGUUUUAUAAAUCACUUUUAACGUUUUUUUUUCCUUUUCAUUCUUUUUAUCUGGCUUUGGCAGAUUUUAAUAUUUAACAAUUGAGUUAACUUCGCAUUUCAUUAAAUCUUCAUUAUAUAUUUCACAUUUUAUCAUCCAUAUUGAAAGUCUAUCAUUUCCAUCCCUGUACGAAAUUCUUUCUUUUCAGAACUGCGCGGAGAUGUAUAAUAUAAAACGAUGAGAAUAAAAAAUGAAACUGUAUUAACUGAAAAAAAAUGUAUUGUACCUGCCCUUAUUAACAAAUAUGGAAAAAAAGUGAUAUUUAUUUCAAAUUUUUUUUUUUUAUUGAUUACAGAAAAAUAAACCGAAACAAUUAUUUCUUACUCAUUUUUUUCUGUAACUAAAAAAAAUAGCUCAUGAAUUUUUUGUAAGGGUGGGUCAAUUUAUAUAAAAUUGAAAUAAAAAAAUUUUACAAUUUAAGUGAAAAAUAUUAUUUUAUAAAUUCUGCAUGUAUAAAUAUUUAAUUUAUUCUUCGAGUGAAUUUUUUUUUAUUAUUUUCACGUCUAUUUUAUUAAUUUUAUUACAGUGAGUAAAAUUAUUAAUAUAUACAAAAUUUUCAAUUUCAUAUGAAUUGUCUCACCUACUAUUAUGAUUUAGCAGCAAAAAAAAAAAUUUUACUCAAAGUUGUAGUAAUGAAAUAACGAUAAAAUUUGCUAUAAAAUUAAAUGAACUUUUUUAUUUAGAUAAAAGAAGAAGUAUAAACAUAAAAAAGAAUAUUCGAAUUUAGUACAAUUUUUUAAAAUAUUAUUUUGUUAAGAGUUAAAAAUUAAAAAUUUUGCUACUUUAUUCAAUUAAAAUUAAUAAAAUUUAUUUAAUUUUUUGUUAAUAAUUAAGUAAUUAAUAUCGAUAUUCUAUUAUUAUAACAAAUGACAUAUAUAUAUAUUAAAUGAUGAGCAUUGUAAAUAAACACUUCUUUGUACAUAUCACUGGACAGAGUAAUUAGAGUUAAGCGUUAAAAAAUUGCAUUAUCGAUUGCCAAACAAUCAUUUCAUGCUUUUAUUAUAAUAAAACACAAAAUUUUUAAAAAACUAAACUUUUAAGAAUAUUUUUAAUUUAAUGUUAAGUCUUUUUAUUCUUUUUUUAUUAUAAAUAAAAAAAAUAAAAAUAAAUUAUCCAAGCGUUGAGCAAGUGUUAAAGUUUGCGGUAAAUUUUAUCGGUAGAUAUUUGUUAUUGUUUUGGUUUUUUCAACAUUUUUCGAAAAAGGCUUAUCUUCUCGGAUUAUACAAAUUUUUUCUAAGAAAGCCUAAGAAAUCUUUGGAAAUUACUUUAAAAUUUAAAUUAUUAGAAAAAAAAUUACAAUUUUUUUUCUAUUACAUAUAACACGAGAUGAGAGAGCCCUUUUCGAAAUUCAAAAUUGAAUUAUUCAUUGCAAUUUGUUUUACGAUUGUUAUUACUCAGUUCAGGUUGCGCUAAUAAAAUAUUUAUAAUCGAGCAUAUGCGGUGAUUUGUCAUUUUACAUUGUAUUAUAGACCGUCAAAAUAAACGUAACAAUUUCUCUCAAAUUUCGAUUUAUAAUUUAUUCCUAUAUGUUUGUAUAAUUUUCAG